CUGUAAGCGACUUAGAGCAAAACUUGCUUUCUUCCGAAUCUUCACUGUCACCGACAAAAGACGAUAGGAGAAAAAUUGAAGCUUUAUCGCCUCCGGUAGCACUCAAGAAUACUAAUUACAUUCAAAUCUCCUAUUUCAAAUUCAUUUCCCUUUUAAAUCGACGUGAGGUAAAGCCAUACUACUUUAUUGCACCGACGCGGUAGGAUCAACGGCAGCGUUUCUCAGUAAAUUGAAUCGUUGAUUUGAGAGUGGACAAAAAAAAUAGACUUGUGGUGGAGUUGUAUUGUUCCGAACGUUCAUCGGUGUCUCCUGUUUUUCCAUCUGAAAAGCUGGUUCAUAAUCCUGAUCUCUUAUCUAACCAGGAUGGUUGGUGCUACGUGGGGAUACUCUAUGUUCCUUAUAGCUCGCAUUGUGAAGUAUUUCUCGGUAUUAUAGGCUAAGUUUUGUACUUCCUUAAGAGUGUCACACUUGCACGUUUCAUCCGAGUUCAGUUGUUCGUCGUUUCGAUUGCUUUCAAGCUUCUAAUGGACUACUUUGAUAAUUCUUAUUUUAUUUGCUUACGGAGUUUAAGCCGAUUUCAACGAUAAAGUCGGAUCAUUGUGUGCCACAUGACACAUUGUGUUUGGUCUGUAGCCAGUGUUACGUCAGGGAAAAUGGUUGCAUUGCUAGUUCUUGUUACAUUAAUGUACUCAAAACCGAUACUUGGGGUAGAAUUUACCGAACUAUUAAGUGAUAAGAAUGUGACGGAAGGUAAAUAUUUUUUAUGGAAUUGCUACUUAGAUGAACUUAAAAGCUACCAAAAAUUAGAGUGGUUUGGUUACGAUAAAACAAAUCCCUUAAUCACUUACAGUUAUGAAAAGAAAACUAUUCAAGCCACGCUAAAAUUCAGUGAGGUAUCUCGCACAGACGAGGGAUUAUACCAUUGUGCCGUGGUAGAUAAAAACAGUGGCAACGUUCUGAAAAGGACUAGGAAAGCCAAACUUACAGUUAUUAAGGUGCCACUGCCCUCUUACCCAAUUUGCGAAGCUAAUCCGUUUUACAAACAGGGUGAUCUGGCUGAAAUAUCAUGCUGCUCUGAAAAGACCAAACCAAUUGUUUCUUUAGAAUGGACAAGAAACGGCUACCCGAUUGGUGAUUCAGACUUAAUUCACGGUAAAGAUGUUUGUAGUCGUUACAAAUUUCUUGUCAAUAUUAAUGACGAUAAUGUAAUUUUUAAUUGCACAAUGUCAUCGGUUAUUUUGCUUAAGCCACGCAGCUGUACUGUAGGGCCAUUAAAUGUUAAAUACCAACCGAUAGUUGAAUUACCACCCGUAAAUAUUACUAUUGGAAUCAGAGCCAUUAUUAUGUGCCAGGCGACAGCAAAUCCAAAUGCGAUCAAAUACUCCUGGGAAACAUCACCUCAAUUUCAAUACAAAAAUAUUACGGAUCACGUGAUGGUAAUAGACAGACCAGACGUCAAGCUCAACGGAACAGUCAUCACAUGUAUUGCUGAGAAUGAGAUCGGUGCAUCCAGAAGCAGCAUCAUCGUAAAACUCCAUUCAAAGAGUACGUCUACGGGACGCAUCGGUUCACCUGCCACAGUCGACCCAAUGACGGUUGUUAAAAAGUCGCCGGCAAACAUUCUGUCUACGGUGCUUCUCAUUGCCGGCUCUUGCACAAUGGUAGCUCUUCUACUCAUGAUAACGCCACUCUGCUACUGCUUCUUCAGCCCUCGGCAUAAUUUUGAUUACUUAGGACGUUGUGUGCAGCAGCCUGAAGUGUACUUCCAGGCGAAAGAGCUUCCGAGAGAGCACGAAACCCCGACACGUGUCUGGAAAAGAUCAUGUGCAACACAGGUUCCUGAAGAUAUAGCGUCAUUUUACGCGGAAUUGCCAUGUGGUGACGAUGACUUUGUAGACAAAGUAUGAUUAAAGUAGCCUGUCGAGAUUUGUAUUUUGUAAAUAAAACCAGAAUGUUCAAAUUAAUCUUUUAAUGGGCAUGAGCUUAUAAUGGCAUGAUUUCGAUCGAGAUGAUUAUUUCAACUAAAUGCUAAUAAUACAUUUACUCACAAACCUGUAUUACAAUCAGAUAGCGAUUUUAUAUGUGUAUAUCAUAUAUUUGGGAGAUAAUAAAAAUAUCAUGAAUGCUACGGAAUCAUUUUCUUAUUCAUUUAGACACGACUAGGCCUUCUACAACGUAUCCAAGAGAAGCGCGUAUUAUGUUGAUAUUAUAACGUUUGAACAGCCUCCCUGGCCUGACAUCACAUCCAAGGGAUCAAACAAUAUAUAUCGAUAAGUUUUUACAUAGGCCUACUAUUCACAAGAUGCACUUUUGUAACGAUUAAAAUAUAAAAUUGAACUCAAGAACAUACGGACUCCAAAGUAACUAGGAGCAACAUAUCUGAGUUGUUCUUAUUUCAACUUUAUCUCAUAAGACAACAAACAAAAUAAAAAUUACAAUUGAAAACGGCGCUGAGAAUGGAUUCCGAAAAAGUAAAAAGAAUUACUAUCCAAGUUGGGCUCACUGAUUAUUCACUGAUUUAUGUAUUUAAUUUAUAUGUUCACAGUUCUAAUCUAAUUUAAUAUGUUUAUAUACUAUCUGGAUUUGCAAUACUAAUACUUUCUUGUGGUCUUAGUGGUAUGUCGCUCGUCUUUAAUAGCGAGCGGGUAAUAAUGUUUAUGUGCAACGGAGGCACACUUUUCCCCGGCCCGUAUUUAGUGGGGGGGGGGGGUUCGGGGGUUAGUCCGAACCCCCACCACCGCGGGAGAUGAAGUUCCGUGAAAAUUAGGAAGAUUUUUUUCAUUGCCGUUUUAUUCUGUAGGCCUACAAAAGCGAGCUAAAACAAAAAUAGUACAUACAUGUAGUUAGGGAUCCCAGGCCAACUGUUUAAAAUGAAUCUUGCAGAAUUUGAUUGAGUUUAAUAAUAAUUUCGGAAUCGGAGGGUUCGCUAAACAAGGUAUAAAAAAGUCUCGCCUUAUUUAAAGCCCUAAAAAUUUAUAUUUAUUUAUACUGUAAAAGGGCCUGAGGCCUAUCACACUGAAUAAAGUCCCCAUUUAGGGGAGAGAAGUAUGUGGGUUUUGAUAAGGAGUUCCGCAUAGUCCCAAGCCGAACCCCUCCAUUGAAAUUCCUAAAUACGGGCCUUUUUCCUUACAACUGAUAAUAAGCUUUACGUUGGACAACUAAGCUUGAUACGAUUAUACCAUUAUUUGUGCAUACUGUAUAUUUUUAUUGUUCACAUAUUUGUAUAUAAUAUUUAUUGUUCGAAGUGCAACACAGAACAUUUGAUUUAAUAUGUUUACUAUUCUUUCCAGUAUUGUCUGGCCUACCUUAGUCUUAUUAUGUGAGGGCGUAUAUAUAUUAGCUACAUGAGGGUAUUGCUCUUGUUGAUAUUUGAUUAUGCAAUAUAUAUAUAUAUAUAUAUAUAUAUCGAUGAUUAAACAUUUACUGCAUAUUUUAAUUCUAUAAUAGCUAUCUAUGGUUUACGUCUAUGCACAAUAGUUUAACACGAGUAAUACAGUUGUUACGUCGCUAGUAGAGUAGUUGGAUUUGGCUUUUUUUUUCCUUUACUGUUUAGUAGUUUAUAAUUAUUGGCCUAUAUUAACACUAAUUGUACAUUUCGCAAGAUAAAAUACGACGGUACAUAUUCAUGAGGUCUA